UGCCGGGUGCCCGCGCCGCGCCGGGGCCGCGGAGGAGGCUGCCCCAAGCGGGCACCGGCGGCGCACGGCCGGGCCGGGAGGCCGAUCCUGCGGGUUUGGAGCCCGGCAGGGCCAUGGGGGCCGGGGCCGGUGGGCCGGGCGUCCUGGCGCUGCUGUUCGCUGUGUGCGCUCCGCUCCGGCUGCAGGCGGAGGAGCUGGGUGAUGGCUGUGGGCACAUAGUGACCUCUCAGGACAGUGGCACAAUGACAUCUAAGAAUUAUCCAGGGACUUAUCCAAAUCACACCGUGUGUGAAAAGAUCAUCAGAGUCCCGAAGGGGAAGAGGCUCAUUCUGAGGUUGGGAGAUUUGAACAUUGAGUCCAAGACCUGCGCUUCCGACUAUCUUCUCUUCACCAGUCCAACAGACCAGUAUGGUCCGUACUGUGGGAGUUGGGCUGUUCCCAAAGAACUCUGGGUGAACUCAAAUGAAGUGACUGUCCGGUUCCAGAGUGGAACUCACAUUUCUGGACGGGGCUUUCUUCUGGCCUAUACCAGCAGCGACCAUCCAGAUUUAAUAACCUGUUUGGAACGAGGCAAUCAUUAUUCGGAGGAAAAAUACAGCAAAUUCUGCCCAGCUGGUUGUAGAGACAUAGCAGGAGACAUUUCUGGGAAUAUGAAAGAUGGCUACAGAGAUACCUCUUUACUGUGCAAAGCAGCCAUCCACGCGGGGAUCAUCGCCGACGAACGAGGUGGCCACAUCAACCUGCUGCAGAGCAAAGGCGUCAGUCAUUAUGAAGGCGUCCUGGCCAAUGGAGUGCUCUCCCGGCACCCCGCGUCCUCUCCAAUGAACGCACAACUUGAUGGCAAGGAGCGGAAUGAGCCCCAAGAUGUCGUGGACCUCUAUUCACUAGUGACUGGGCUCCCGGCUGUUCUCUUGUACAACCAGAAUCCUGAAGAAGUAGGCUGUAAUGCCAGCGCAGGGAUGGACUGGCUAGUGAGAGCAGGCAGUCAAAGAGAAAGCCAAGUUUCCUUCUUCUGUGUCCGUUAUCUAGGCUGCCAGGCAGAAGACUCUUUAGUCACCCGGCGGAGAGUUGAGUGGACGGAAAGUCUACUCUGCGACCCGCCGACCCGCCCUCGUGUUGGCCGGUGCGCUAAUGAUGCUUGUCUGGUUUCAGAUUAUCAGCAGCCUCUCAUGAUCGGCACUGGAACAGUCACGAGGAAGGGCUCCACCUUCCGGCCCAUGGACACAGACCCUGAGGAGGCCAAGGUGAACGCUGAGGCCAGCGGCCACUACGACUGUCCUCACCGCCUGGGCCGCCACGAGUACGCGUUGCCCUUGACGCACGCGGAGCCGGAGUACGCCACGCCCAUCGUGGAGCGGCACCUGUUACGAGCCCACACCUUCUCCACGCAGGACGGUUACCGAGUCCCCGGGCCCAGGCCCACUCACAAACACUCCCUUUCCUCCGGAGGGUAUCCCCCUGCCGCAGGGGCCACCCAGAGCGCAGGCUACCAGAGGCCAGCCAGCCCCAAGCCUGCGGGUGGUGGUGGCUACGACAAGCCCGCGGCCGGUAGCAUCGUGGACAGCAGAGACCCCUCCCCGCAGGUGCAGGUGACUCCUGGGGUGGACGAUGGUUAUUCAGCACCCAGAAACGGUCUCGCACCCCUCCACCCGAUGGCCGUGACCGCUCUUUUGUGAACCCAAUGUGAAAGAAACCUGCUGUGGUACUGAGCGUGCUCUGCUGCGAGUCACCGGAAGGAGUGUGUGUGCGCGCGCGCGCGAGUGUGACUCUUCAGGAUCCUAGAGACAACCUCACUCACUGUUUACAGAACUGUGCAGCUGGUUUCGUUCCCACCCCUUCCAGCAGACCCGGCUGGCUUCUGUUGCGCUGGACUGAGGAGACUUUCCUCAUUUCUCCCACUGUGAUGCUGUGCUGUAAAAUGUGCAAUUUGUACAGUCGUACUUAACGUGAAUUAAAGGAAGGGAGUUUGUGGUGGUUUUCUACCCCGGGGUUAAGGAGAAAACUCGGGAUUUGCAGAGGUGUGGUAGUACGUGUUCAUGUUUCUCAGUGUGUUUGAUUAUCUGACACUGUUAGCAGCAGGUCUGUUUAAAAAAAAAAAAAACCUGUCUGGUUGUGGUGGCUCAUUUCCUUUUUGAUAAACUAAAAGCAUUUUUUGACAUUCCUUCUCCUGGAAGAAAUGAAAUUACUUGAAAUAGGAAAGGCACACGGGGUAGGUGAUGGUUCACUUUCAUGGCCGUAGAUUUAUGCAAGCAAGCACACCCCCUCCGCAGCCGCUGCCUGCUUCCUUCGGCUCUUCUUGAGAGUGAGGGCAGCCCAGGGUCCUGGGGCCUGUGUGGGACCCAGCUGUACCCCGAGGGACCUCAUUCUCUAAGGAAAGGGCCUGGUCUUACUGCACAGUGUUCAUAAGCAAAUCUGCCUUUCCAGGGUGCUGAGACUCAACUUGUAAUGAAGGUAGCGGAACCGCUGUGGCUCGGGGGACUGUCAGGUACUUCUAAACCCCAGAUUUAAAAUGUAGCUGAGCUCAGAAGGCCUACUUCUCACAACUUUCUCCAGAAAUAGUGCAUGUCGGCGACUUCCAUUAUCCCUGGGAAACAAACGUUAUUUGAAAUGUGUUCUCACGCGUGUCUAAGUAGAGAUUUCCAGUGGCGGGCUGGCAGUUGAACUGGUGGUGUAACAAAGCUGUUUUCUCCUAAAUAUGUGAUUAUACUCAUAGAGUAGCCCAGGUCUUGGCUGUACCUCAUGUUCAGUGGUGUUCUCCCUGAGUUGGCUUUGUGAAUUAACUGGGGGAUUUAACCUCUUUGGCCAAAGAGGAGUAAGUAUGUGUCUUGUUUGUUAAUAGAAAAUAUGGAUCCCCCCCCCAAAAAAAAACCCAAUCCUUUCCUUAAAAACUAUUGUAACCCUAUUUGUGUGAUUGUCAUUUUCUAUGAAUUAUACCUGUGCUAAAAUAGGGUGCUGAAGGGUCAUGGCAGACUAUCUGUUUGGUUAUAGUGGAGGAUAAACCAUUUGCUUUAUGGAGUUUACAUGAUUUUGUGUGUAUACUAAUUGUAAUAAACUAUGCCAAAUCAGACA